AUGCGUACUUUCAAAUUUUUUGAAGUUACAACUCCUGUUACCAAUGACUUGCCUCUGCCAAACCAAAAUCAGGACACUGCUUCAAAUGUGACAGAUCCUGAAGCAAGAGGACUUGGCAAACUGGAGGUCAACGAAGCCCCAGAAAGUGACACUGGCAAAGAAAGCAACUUGAGUCCAGAGUCAAUCUCUACUACAGCAGCAAAUGAUGGUUGCAACAAUCUAGCAAAAAACAAUAGCUCUUUGAAAGGAAAAAUCUGGAAAGAUCUGGUCAACAAGUUUAAGGAUCUUAAUGACAAUUACUUUAAAAAUAAAAUUGACGGUGGUAAAUGUGGCAAAAAGUUCAAGGGCUUGACAAAGACCUAUAAGCUAUGCGCUGAUUCUUUCUUCAAUCAGAUGAAAGAGAUCUUGAUCAAUAAUCCCAGUGUUUACCCUUGGAACUUUGGUCAAUCAAGAACAUCAAGAUCAACAAGCAUGACCACAAUCUUGAGUAAUGGGCGUAUUGUUCAGGAAAACAUCUUUGGAGAUGGUAGAAGAGAAAUUAAAGUCCUCUCGGAAGUUGUAGUUUCCAACGACACCAACACCAGCACCAACACCAAUGACAAUCAUGCCAGUGAUCUUCAUUCUGUUAUCAGUGACAAUAAGGAUGAGGAGAGUUUAACAACCACUUAG